CCCGCAUCUAUACAUCCACAUCUAGUCGGCUUGGGAUUGAGAGUUGGAAAUCGGCGGGAGCGUCAGAGUGUGCCACGAUGAGAUAAAACAAUUAAGCAUCUAGUGUAGUUGCGUUUUUGUUUCGGUGUAUCAACCCAGGAGGACGCGAUCGCUCUUCGGGAUACGACGGGAUAUCGCCUCGGCACGACGUAUAGGUGAUUUAUCAAUGGGGAUUUUUUGGUUGUGUUAAGGGAUUGUUGUAGAUUGAGCGGUUUUUGUUCUUACAGUCGGAAAACUUUGCGAGAGGUUGUCUUUUUGCGACGUUUUAUUUUUACUUUUCGCGGAAAAAGUGCUGUUAACAUUGUGUGUUUUUCUUUUUUCGGUAAAACGCUGUUUACGACAGAGAAUCGGAAGAAACAUCGGGAGAUAACUGGUUUAACUUAUCUUUAUAUAGAAAAAGGUAGUUGAAUCAGAAAACAAAUCUAAUUUGUAAGAUAUGUACGUUAGACUCCAGAAGUGAGUCAAUAACGAUGAAACAGCAUUUAAUUUUCCAUAAUGUGCCCGAGCCCCAGAACAUCGCUUCCCUCUCUAAUAAACGGUAUAGUGAACGAUGUGUGGCCCAAUAAAGGGCUCCGAACUAUUAUUUACACACCCACACCUCCAAAAUGGAACCUUUAGUAUUGAAGGAAGCUCGUGAUUCCGCCAAUUUCUGAUCGUAAUUCGUUUUGCUCAUACUGGACAAAUAAACAAAAACUUUGCUCGGCGAAGUUUCCGUGGAUAGUGUGUGUUAAUGGGGUGGCAGCGGGAGAAUGAACAGAACAGUGUAAAUAUGAGUAGGGCCAAAGUGACUUUAAGUGUGUUCCAACUACUCCAAGUGUGGAUUUUAAUGAUUGGAUUCGGACCAUCAGCGUCAGAAUACCACUGGGAAGCCAACAAUAAUACCAACUAUCUUAUAUCUCCUGCAUUUGACGACUUAUAUUCAAGGGAGAUCCAUGCAACGGCAGGUCAGACGCUGCUUCUUCCUUGUAGUGUCCGGAAUUUGGGAACGAAAGUGGUCUCCUGGAUCAGAAGUAAGGACUUACACAUCCUGACGUCUGGAAGACAUACAUUUUCCAGCGACAGCCGAUUCGAGUCUGUGCACACGGACAGCUCGGGGGAUUUUUGGGGAUUACGGAUCCGCGGGGCGCAUGUUGCGGAUACGGGACAAUACGAGUGCCAAGUUAACACUGAACCCAAGAUGAGUUUGGCGAUCAGUCUCACUGUGUCACAAGUUUCAGGUGAUAAAAACUCGCUGGAAGACGAAUCUUCGAGCUCGAAGUGGGUGAGUCAGGCCCUAAUAAAAGGUCCGAGCAUAGUUUACGUCCCGAAUGGGUCCCCGGUGGCGUUCGCGUGUGAAAUAUCACCCCUAUCUCUACAAUCGGGUGUUCACCGACUCUUUUUCUCCACAAACACAAAACCUUCGGUGCGGUGGCUUCACAACGGCGAAGAACUCUCCGUUGAUUUCACAAAGGAUAAUAUUACAGUCGAGACUGAAUACAAGGAUAAAGAUCAAAGAAUAUUCAGCAGAAUCCGUCUUUCCUCAGUGUCAUCGGAAGAUGGCGGACAAUAUACUUGCAUGCAGCCGUCAGUGAAACCAGAUAGUGUUAAGCUGAUUGUGGUUGAAGCUGAACAUUCCGAAGCUAUGCAGCGGGAUUCACCCCUAAGUUCAUCUGGAAGGUACAACUGCCAACAUACUGCAGAAUUAUUACUAAUUUUGAUUUUAUGUUGCCUAUGUUAUUUGUAAAUAUUUAUUAAAUAUAUAUAUUUUUGUAAAUA